AUGAACCCGAGCUUUGUGAACCAGAACACAACAUCAGACGCCAACUGGGACAGAACAUACGACAAAGAUCAUCCUUUCCAACCCCCUUCGACCGCUCUAUCAGAUCCGACUGCGCAGAAGCAGCAAUUUCGACAACCUCAGCAUCCUCGCACAUCCUCGCACAGCCUCUACCCACAGCAAGCCGCACCUGCUUCCGAGCAUAACCCUGACACAAGCCCCCCGUUAUCGUCCAUGUAUCAAGCUCGCCAUCAGAGCAAGCUACACAGGCAGCAGCUUCAGCAUUCCGAACAGCAUCAACAUCGCCCGCAGCAGCUGCCGGCACAAGCAUAUCCACCAGGGCAACAGCAGCAUCAGGCACAAGGUUUUGGUGUUCCCCGCACCGUUUCAACACCCGCCUGGGUUCCCAGCACAAACCAAACCUUCCACGCUAGCGCUUCGUCAGCGAUCAGUACCGCUAGGCCGCCUGCUCCUUCUUCCUCGUCGUCCUCCGGCUCUCUACUUUCCUAUUGGGACCGAAGUGCCGCCAGUGACAGCGAGCUCAGAAUGGCAACAACACUUCCGCCUUCGGGUCCUUACCACCAUCAUCAUGCGAUGUCUGACAUGGGACAUCACCGCCAUGCAUCGAGUGCCGCUUUUCUGCCCUCGGUAUCGCCCUCGGGUAUCGUAGCUCAUCCUUCGUCUGCGUCACACAUGGGCAGCAGUGGAAGGACGCACAGUUACGGCUCAGCAGGCUCCGAGCACUACCAUCCGUAUCGUCCGUCCUCGAUGCCGUCAGUAGAAUCGAGCAUGUCAGUACAGCAGCAUGGAUCUCCCUCUUCGCACCAGCAGGCUUCCAGCAGUGGUCCCUCGUAUCCGUCGUCGGUGUCAGCACCGCUUACAUCCCCUGGUUUCGUGUACGGGCCGUCUGGGUCAUCCGCCCCAUUAGGCCCUGGUACGAGUUACGACACGUAUCCUCAGUCCUUCCAAGGAGCUCAUUCGCAACACGUCUUCUAUUUACCACCUGCCAUGCCGCAUGACUCUCGCUUCUACCCACUCAAUCCAUUCGAGAUCAAGCACAGGCGACGCACCACGAAGGCGCAAUUUUGCCUGCUCGAAUCGACCUUCCGCGAAGUUCCGAAGCCUAACGCAACGUUGAGGAAGCAAAUCAGCACACAACUUGACAUGCCAGUGCGUGCGGUACAGAUUUGGUUCCAAAACCGCAGAGCCAAAGCAAAGGCCAAGGACAAAAAGAGGCAGUCAGAUGGAGGUAGAGGUGGUGCAGACUCGCAAGAUAGACCCAGCAUGGGAUCUGGCGUCGCCAGCCAUCAUCACUACAACGAUACCGACACCAACGAGCGAAGGGGUCAAACGUCGUCAGAAAUGCACAUGUUCUCAUCCUCUUCGUCGCCCUCGCAUGAACAACAGCAGGUGCGCAACCCGAUGGCACAGUUUGAAGGGCAAGGAAGGCGAACAAGUCGGUCCAUGGAUUUACCGCCCCUCCGUAUACAGGCGGAUCAAUCGAGACCAGAUGUCUACUGUUCAGGUUCUUCCACUUCAACGCUCCCUUCGCGCACCACGGAAACGGGCCAGACCAGGGACAGACGGGGUUUCGCAACGCCACCGAUUUCGGCAGGAGCAGACAGCUGGAGCCAGCAGGCGUUAGGGCUCAGCUAUUCGACACUAAGCUUCGACAGCCAAGAACAAGCAGAACAUUUGUAUAGCAUGCGCAGCGGCGCAGCGCACGGCAUGCCCGCGACCGCACCAUUGGGUCAGAGCCACGCUUCCGCUUCGGACCCGAGUGCAGGCAUGCCGUCAGGACUCGACCGACCAAGUCGACCGACAAGCUUGUCAUCGUACUCUGGGCGAGAGAGCUCAAUGCUGUCGGGCUCUUCCCCAAGACCAAUAGGCUACGAGUCGUCUCGCUACUGGUCCGCACCUCAGUAG